AUGCAUCAGAUUUACAGCUGCAGUGAUGAAAAUAUAGAAGUUUUCACCACCGUGAUCCCUUCCAAGGUGUCCAGUCCAGCCAGAAGAAGAGUCAAAAGUUCUCAACACCUCUUGACCAAGAAUGUGGUGAUCGAGUCAGACCUCUACACUCCGAGGCCCCUGGAGCUGCUGCCACAUCGCAGCGACCGCCGCGACGGCGAGGGCCGCAGGUCGGGCAGGCUCCACGGUGCUCGGCAGCAGGGACCCCACCUUGCCAAGGCCCCAGCCAGACCCGUGGGGAUUUCAGAACCCAAAUCAUCAAAUCUGUGUGGGAAUCGAGCAUAUGGAAAAUCUUUGAUUCCUCCGGUGGCCCGGAUCUCCGUGAAAGCCCCAGCUGCGCUAGAGGCGACAGCCACAGGCUCAGAGAACGGAGCUGUUCUGACAAGAGGAUCCAGACAUCUCAAGAAGAUGACUGAAGAGUAUCCAACCCUUCCCCAGGGGGCAGAAGCCUCCUUACCGCUGACAGGAAGUGCUUCCUGCGGUGUCCCUAGCAUCCUCCGGAAAAUGUGGACAAGGCACAAGAAGAAGUCUGAAUAUGUGGGAGCUACUAACAGCGCCUUUGAGGCUGACUAAAGGUGACCCUCCCUAGGUGCCCUGCGUUGGCCAAAGUUCACCGUACAAGGGAAGAAAACUUCCAGAUGGGAACUGAGCCACAUUCACCUCUGCUAGUAGCUGGUCCAAACACAUCACCGCCCCUUACUAACCGAUAGCCCCGGCUUAGGAUACAGGCAAGGAACUUCCCUCGAAGGCAAAAGAAAAGUGUGCCUUCUUAGAA